AUGGGUAUUAAAGGUUUGAACGCUAUCAUUUCCGAACAUGCGCCUUCGGCGGUGCGUAGACUCGAAAUCAAACAUUUUUUUGGUCGUAAAGUUGCCAUAGAUGCGUCUAUGUCUCUUUACCAGUUUCUGAUCGCCGUUAGACAACAGGAUGGUGUUCAAUUAGCAAGUGAAUCGGGGGAGACUACUUCUCAUCUAAUGGGUAUAUUUUAUAGAACCUUGCGGAUGAUUGACAACGGUAUCAAGCCAUGUUACGUCUUCGAUGGGAAACCUCCAAUCCUGAAAUCACACGAAUUGGAUAAAAGAAGCGCCAGGCGUGCUACUACAGAGGAGAAGCUGAAAGAAGCUGUUGAAGAGGCGGAAAAGCAGAAACACGAGCGUAGACUAGUGAGAGUUACGCCGGAGCACAAUGAAGAGGCCAAGAAAUUGCUGCGAUUGAUGGGGCUGCCAUAUGUGAACGCUCCGGGCGAAGCAGAGGCUCAGUGUGCGGAGCUUGCAAAAGCUGGGAAAGUCUAUGCGGCCGCGAGUGAAGAUAUGGAUACUUUGUGCUACCGCACGCCGUAUUUGUUACGUCAUUUAACGUUUUCUGAAGCCAAGAAAGAGCCCAUUCAUGAGAUAAAUGUUGAAGUCAUGCUAGAGGGACUAGAUCUAACCAUCGAGCAAUUGAUUGACUUAGGAAUCAUGUUGGGAUGCGAUUAUUGUGAGAGUAUCAGAGGCGUGGGCCCCGUAACGGCGCUAAAACUUAUCAAAGAACACAAGACACUAGAGAACAUUGUAACAUACAUUGAAUCCGGAGACGCGAAUAACAAGUGGAAAAUUCCUGAAAAUUGGCCUUACCAGGAGGCGAGAGAUCUCUUCUUGAAGCCUGAUGUCCUAAAGGGAUCAGAAAUCGAUUUGAAAUGGACUGAGCCUCUAGAACAAGAGUUGAUUGAUUACAUGUGUAAAGAGAAAGGUUUCAAUGAAGAAAGAAUUCGGUCUGGCAUUAAACGGUUGCAAAAGGGUCUCAAGACAGGUGUCCAAGGUCGUCUUGAUGGGUUUUUCAAACUAAAACCUAAGACUAAAGAACAAUUGGCGGUGGCCAACGCUAAGGCGAAAUCUGACCAAGGUAAGACCAAAACGAAAGGUAAGAUCGGCAAGGUCGGGAGACCCAAAAAAUAA